AUGGCUGGAAGACGGCUUGUUGACGCCGCGAAGCUCUUCAAUGCCUCGAGAGGCGUCGCACAGAAGCACAUUGCGCUUCGGACGAGCCAGUGGGAUGCUUAUAACAAGACGUCAAGCCUAGCCAAAGCUGUCAAGGACCAGACGGACCGCAUUACCCUUACCGCUGCCGCUGCCAUCGCCCUUUCGCAACGCUUCAGCGAGGAAGCCCCAGCCUACGCAAAGGCCGCUGCGGACCGAGCGACGAGCACACAAUGGACGCCGCAGGACAAGAUUCCUAGAAGAGAUACGGUAGAGAGAAAGGUACCGGCACAGGGCGUCAGAGAUGGAGCCGAACAAGACCAUCACUAUGAGCGGUCCGGGCAGAAUACUGCUCAGUCGCCGCCGCCCACGGAGGAGUUGGAGGUUGAACAAGAGAAGGCUCCCAGGUCGCCGUUGCCUGAUGGGACGAUACCAAGCCGAGGCUUGACGCUAGGACAGGAGAAGGGACAGGAUACUUUCUCAGAGAGACCAGCCCAUGAGGCACCAAAGGAACCUCUGGCUCGUGACCAGAGCGGAAACGCCCGACAUGAGGAUGAGGGCAUCAAGCCCGUGGAAUCUUCCAAGUCUACUAUACCUUUACCUGGACACCCGCGAGGCAACCAUACACAAGUCACGAGGUCAAUCCCUGCACAUGCGAAAGAUCCCCAGCGAACUCCGCUAUCAGCACAGGCCGAAAAGCUCCAGAAAGGCCACGAUAGAGACGUCUUCUACACCCGGUCCGCCGAAGUGCAGCCGAGUGACAUACCCGAAGGAAUCAACACCGAUGUCUUCCAUUCGAAACGCGUCGCGAGAAUGCUCGGUAGUGAUCCGUUCUCGAGAAAGGAAUACGCGCAGCGGACGACUGGUGGACGACAUCCUCUCGACGACCGACCCCUGCCCGUGAGUGAGCGACCGAGUCAAGCGUCAGCAUCACCGAAACCGGCCCAGCAAAGUAAGUCCGUAGCCGCCUCGGAAGACAUGGAAAAAUUCGCGUCUCAGCUCGUGCAGGAUGCCCAGUCAAACACCGAGCCACGCAGUGAGGUAGUCACCGAACAAGAGAAAGCACCGUAUGCACUACGAGAGUCGAGAGUCCCGUCAUCACGGUUCGGCCGUAUAUGGCAGUAUGCCGGCUUAGGCACAAGCAUGGCGCUCGGCGCCGUUGGCGAAGGUCUUCGGCGGGCCACCGGUGGCGCUGCAUCAACUACUGGCUCCCUAAUGCUCAGUCCUGGUAACUUGGAAAUUCUAGUAGCAAAGCUGUCACGAAUGAGAGGUGCGGCUUUGAAGCUGGGUCAGAUGAUCAGUUUCCAAGACAUCAAGAUGCUGCCCCCUGCCAUUCACGACGUUUUGCAGCGAGUGCAAGAUAGUGCAGACUACAUGCCAGCAUCACAGCGGAACAAAGUCCUAUCAAGUAAUCUUGGUGACAACUGGCGGGAUCUCUUUGAAUCCUUCGAAGAUGUUCCUAUCGCCGCAGCCUCAAUCGGGCAAGUACAUAAAGCAGUACUCAAGUCUACAGGCCAAGCAGUAGCCGUUAAAGUCCAGUAUCCUGGUGUUGCCAACUCUAUCGAUUCUGAUCUGAGCAAUCUCUCCAUUCUUCUGACAGCAUCUCGUCUUCUUCCAAAAGGGUUGUUCCUAGACAAGACGAUAGCAAACGCACGUACAGAACUCGGCUGGGAAUGCGACUACACACGCGAAGCCGAAUGCCAAACCAGAUUCCGCGACCUCCUGCAAGACGAUACCGACGUUUUCACUGUCCCCAAAGUUUUCCCCGAAGCCUGUGGGCCUACAGUUCUCACCGCAGAGCUCAUGCAUGGUAUCGGCGUCACCAAACCCAAGAACCUUUCUCAGGAACAACGCGACUGGAUCGGCACACAAAUUCUUCGUCUCUGCCUACGCGAAAUCGUAGAAUUCAAAUUCAUGCAAACAGAUCCCAACUGGACUAAUUUCCUAUACAAUGCUUCGGCUCAGAAAAUCGAGCUCCUCGACUUUGGCGCCUCCCGCGACUACCCAGAUCAAUUCGUGGAACCCUACAUCAAAGUCCUCAUUGCUGCCUCUCAAGGCGAUAAACCGGCGAUACGCGACCUUUCUCUUCAACUGGGUUACUUGACCGGCAAUGAAAGCCCUGCUAUGCUGGAAGCUCACAUCCAAAGCGUACUCACACUCUCCGAGCCUUUCAGUGGAAGCGGACCUGAGAUCUACGACUUCAGGGAUCAGACGAUUACAGAUAGGGUGAGGGGUCUUAUUCCAGUCAUGGUGAAAGAAAGACUUGCACCGCCGCCUGAGGAGACAUAUAGUUUGCAUCGUAAGCUAUCUGGUGCGUUUUUGCUGUGUGCAAGGUUGGGUUCGCGCGUCCCGUGUCGCGAAUUAUUCUCCAAGGCGGUGAAGACGUGGGAGGGGAAAGCGAAGAUGAAAUGA